UUGAUCUAACUUGUUUGUUUUGUAGCAAUAAGAUUUAGUAAAAACAUUAGAAAUUAAUAUUGUAUAUAUUAAGAGUGAAAAACUAUUUCUAUAUUUCAUAUAAUCGUGUUGUAUUAUGAAGUAAUAGUGACAUCAUGAGGCGAGGUCAUAAUAGUAUAGGCGGAUGGCGCAAUGAAAAUCCGAGACAUUAUAGACCUCGGAACGACGGCAAUCCGCAUUUUAGAUCCUCAAGAAGUUAUGGCUUACUGGAUCCACCAAGAUUCCCGCCACCAAAUUCAAGGUCAAUGCGACCACAAUUUCAUUCUCGCUCAGAAAAAUCUGAUCGAUCUGAAUACCCAGAAUGGAAUAGAUCCAGACGCAGUAGUGGAUAUCACAGAUCACAUCAACAUGUUGAUCGACCGAUUAUACCAAUGCUACCACAAGGAAGGCAUAAUAAUGAUAAUCACAAAAGCACAUUCAAAGAAACUUCAUCCUUUUAUAAAGAUAUACGUGUUGAUAAUUUUCAUGUAAAUAGUAUGGGGGAUGUGGAUCAUCGUCAAAUUCCCCAAAUGAGGGAUGCCUUUGUUCAACCAGUAACAACUUCCUGGCCAACAGAAGGUACUUUGCAGCAAGCCUGUAAUAAAAAUCAAGUGACAGAAUCUGGUGAAGGUUCCAAACUUUCUGCAGAGUACACAGGCCAUCGUCCACCUGCAUCUGACCACUAUGGCAGCAACCCUACUAAUUUUUUUUCAGCUAUCGAUAACUCCCACACAUUUAGUCGGUCAGUUGUUGAUACUGUUGAUUUAAUUAGAAAAAGAUUGCUGAAUCGUAAUGAACAACCACAUUCAUCUGAAAACUUUGACAAUAACGAAAACAGUGGAAAUGUUCAGACCAAACAAAGACAAAGAGAAAAAUCAUAUACUUUAAUAAGCAACCAACAAGACCCUCCAAUUAAAAAGAAGUAUCAAAGGCAGAAGACAAGUGAUAAAUCAAACUGUGCAAAAAUUAAAAAUAAAAUUGUUCAUCAACUAUUUAAGAUGGACAAAGGAAAAAUUCAUAAACUGAUGGACAAUCCAAACUCUUCAACAAAAUUUGAAUAUGCAAUCAGCAGUCUUAUAACCGAGUCUCAGAAUAGUUUUAACAGGCACUUAAGGUCUGCUGCAGAAAAAUCUCUUUGUAGUUCAGGUGCUGAAUUUAUGCAAAAUGAUAAUAAUACAAUAUAUGAGGACACGUUUAUGAAACAGAUGCAAUGUAUUCUAGAUCCCCAAGACACUGUACUACUUGAAGAUAUUAAGCCAAUUGUUUUGGCUGAACUCAGUAAAGUUUUGGAAAUAGAUGAAUAUGGACAAAACUAUGAUGUUGUUGAAGACGAUAAUACAUAUUCUCAACAAAACGAACAGCACUUUUUUAACACAUAUCGUAAUAAUGAAUUUUCUCAUGAGAACUAUGAUCAUGAUAAAGAUAAUGAUCUUAAUAAUAUACCAAAUGUUGAUAAUAUAAAGCCUGAAAACAUUGACAACUGUAAUGACAAUAAUUACAAAGCUUAUGGAGAUAAUAAAGUUCAAUAUACAGACUCUAAAAAACUUUUUGAGAGACAAUCAAGAAGGAAAAGUUAUAGUGGAAAUGAAGAGGGCUCUUUAAACUCAGACAAUUAUUUCUAUAAUCAAUCUGUAUCGGAUAAAUCUGCUGAUGAAGAUAUCAGGCCUGAAGCACAACUUUUUGGUACAAGCUCUGAUCAUAUUUCUGAAGAUGAUGAUCCAUUUGCUGAAUUUGAUAAACAAUAUCAUGUUGCUGUAGAUCAUGAUUUUAUAGAACAAGAUGAUUUGUCAAAUCCUACAAAUGCCAGAAACUCGUGCAAUGCAAAUUUAAUAACAAUUAAAACGGAAAUCGAAUCUAAAACACAGGAAAAAGAUUUAGAUUACUUAACAGAGGGAGUAAGCAAUCAGUUGCGGGAUAUGUUUAAGUUCACACAUACAAUAAAUAAAACCUGUGAGUCUCAAGAAUUAAGAGAAAGUGACAAUUUUCAAUAUAAACAAGAAAAUUUAAAUAAUAAUGUAUGUACACAGAAAAGUAACAUACUGGUUAGUUGUGCAAAGGAAAGUAAUAAUGAAAAACCUAAGCAUGACUCAAAAGAAAUGACUAAAGAAAAUGAAAACAUAGAUCAUCCUACCCCUGUAUUAAAGUCUGCAAUGGCAUCUAAUUCUCGCAAAAGAUCAAUAGAUCAAAGACCAUCACAUCGUAAAGAAAAACGAAAGAAAGUUGAAUCAUGCCAAUCAGAAUCGAAUAAGCAAAUUUUAAAUAAAAAUAUUAUAAUAAAUGUGAACGAUUGUGCUUCAAAGACAUCAGAUAAUUGUGAAACUUCAAAAUCAAUAUUUAAUUUAUUUUUUUCAAAAGAAGAUAAUAAAACUACAACGAAAGAAAACAAGAAAGUCGGCUCGAAUGAUAAAAACUACACUGAAAAACAUGUCAAGAGAAAAGAAACGCCAAAAAAAGCAACUGAAAGGGAUGCCAAAGUCAGAAAGGACUCAACAUCAAGUCAAGUAACAAGUCCAAAUGAAAACAACUCCAUUAAUAUCAGUCCAGUUCUAAACAAGCCCGAGGCAAAAACAACACUAAAGACCAUAGAUAUGUUUACUGAGCAGCCACGGAAAGUUAAUGUUCAUCACGCUCAUAGAAAUACUGCUCAUACUCCAGUUGUGCCUAAAAUUCACACUGAAAAUUGUACUAAAACAAAGGUCCCUAUUGCUCACCAAGUAAUUAAGAAACAUGUUGCAGUACAGGCUAUUAAGAAACUUAAUGCAAAAGAAACUCAAACAGAUAUAAAAAAAUUUGCUGUUAAAGCAAUACAAACUGAUUUUAUAGUUCCUGAGAGAUUAGGAAUUAGAGCAACUGAUGCUUUUGAAAGAAUGAAAGAAAUUGAUUUAGAGAUACAAGUUUUGCUACAAGAAAAAUUUAAACUAUAUAAUUCAAUUGAAACCAAAGAUUCUGGUACAAAAUCUUUGCAAACAUUAGGUAUGACAGUAUUAAACGUAGACCACUUUGAUGGUGAAGAAAUUAUUACAACAGAUGAAGUUUUAACUGAAGAUGCAAUUGUAGACGAUUUCACAAAUAUACCUGUUGAAGAACUUGAACAAUUAGCACUAGAGACCGUGCAAGAAAAUCAAAUUGAUACUCCAAAAGUUGAAAGAAGGAAUAGACGUCGUAAAAUCUCUUACCAAGAUUCUAUCCACUCAGAGAGUCCAACAACAGUUGGUAAAAGAAAAAAUAAAAAAGCCAAAUCACCAAACAUAUCUCUGAUAGAACAAAUUAUUACAGAUGAUAGACCCCUCGAAGACAUCAUAUCUUUAGACGAUCUAGAAGUUCCUCAAACAGCUAAAAGUAAGACACAUAAAACAAGGCAAACAGCAAAGACGAAAAAGUUUGGAAGGCCUAAAAUAGUAAAGUCUAACGCACCAAAAAUUGAAAUGAAGGAAUGUUCUGUAGUUUUAGUAAGAACGGAUUUAAGUCAGUACCUUAAACUAGCAGAACAGUCAGAACCUGAAAAGCCUUAUGAGAUUAUCACCGAAGACUUAUUUGAAGAGAUAGAUCAAAGAGAAAUAGUUCAACUUGAAGAUAAUAUUGUUGAUGAAUCGGUUGUAAAUCAUAUACAGAUCGAUAUGUUAGAUGUAUCUGAAGAUAUAGUUGUCGGUGAUGAUUGUGAAGUAAAAUGUAUAGACGAUAAAGAAAUAGUUGAAAAUAUAUCAGUGCCAAUCAGCGAAGAAAUCAUAUUAGACAAUAGUCAAUCAUCAAUGGAGGAAGUCACAACACCUGCUAUGUGUCAAGGAGGCGAAUGCAAAAUGUAUGAUUAUUCAGCUGACGAGAAUCUGCGUCGUGACUCCGUCGUCGUAACAGGCAAUGGCGAUGCUGUUCUUGCAAUUGAGUGUGUUGAGAACAAUUUCUUAGCUGCAUGUCUGGAUGGUAAUGUUUACUAUUUCAACCACGAGGGGCAACUUAUAACGACAUUGCGAGGGUCGAACCUUGCAGUGACGUGCUUAACCAUUGUUAAGGAGAAAUAUGGAACCACAGUGUAUACAGGUUCCUUGGAUUCCAGGAUACGUUAUUACGAUCUUGAGACUGGUAUAGAAAAAGGCCCUGAAUGCAAUGUCUUAAGCCCAAUCCAAACAAUGGAUCGGGCAUGGGACACUGUGUUCGUUGGUACAAGGACUGGUUUUGUGCUACAAUUUGAGUGCAAAAACAACAUGCUUAUACCAGUUAGCUCGGUAAAGUUCUCCGACCAAUCAAUCUUGGCCUUACGAGCAAUGAAGGAAGGUCCUCGUAAGGUACUCCUAGUGGCAGCAAGGUCGGAGAAUGUAACAAUAAAGGAUGCACAGACCGGCUUGCUGCUGAGGACACUUGAUGGCCCCAAAAUGACCGUGUACAGCUUGCUUUAUGAAGAUGGAAAAGUGUAUUCUGGGACCAGUAGUCAUCAGAUACAUGUCUUUGAUUAUACGAGUGGCAGCCAUGUCGGUACUCACGAAGGCGGCAAAGGUGCUGUUUGCUUACGAGCCACUGGGGGCCUCCUAUUCGCGGGCUGCUACGACGGCUGCGUGUACGUGUAUCGCGAAGGAGAAGGACAACCCUUUGCUCAGAUACGAGGACCCAGUUUAAUGCUUCUAUCACUCGCUGUAGUUGGCAGUAAGAUAAUAGCCGGCUACAAAGACAGAAGUUUGUACAUAUGGAAAAUACCUCUUUGUAUAUUACAAGAAAUGAUACUUUAAUUUUCUACCAAUUUGUUUAGAUUACGCACCACUAUGUUUUGUAGUUACAUAUUCAUUAAUUUUUUAGCCGUAAAAAUGUAUAUACUAAAAAUAAAAGAAUUUAAAUGGAUUAUU